AUGCAGUUUGAUGAACAUAAUAUUUCUCAAUUUAAAACCUGGAGAUCCUCACAACAAGAUUUGAUAGGUUCAAUGCAUGUUACAGUAGAUGUAGAUAAAUCAACACCCGAUCGUUACUCAUGA